GCGGGUAACACACGUGAGGCAAACAAGCAUGGAUUUUUCUCCGAAGUGGAGCGGUUUACAUACUGCUCCAAGUCUGAAACACCUCACAGAAGCUGGAUUUGGUGUUCCCAAAGAACAGCAACACGCGGCUGUACAAGGUCUGGUGGUCGCGCACAUCGACUCAUUUGAUCAGGCCGUCACAGAUGGACUGAGUCGUGUGGUUCAAGCCAUUCCUCCUAUGGAGUUUGUGCACAAGAGGGACAGAAUCACUCUGUCGUUCGUGGAAGCUGCUAUCCAAAAUCCCACAGUCGCCAAAGGAGGAAUAUGCAACGAUGUUCGCGUCUAUCCUGCCGAGUGUCGAGGAAGGAAGUGUACGUAUCGAGGGAAGCUGGUGGCAGAUGUUAGUUGGUCAGUGAAUGGGAUUCCUAAAGGAAUUAUUAAACAGUCUCUGGGCCAAGUGCCCAUUAUGGUGAAGUCCAAACUGUGCAACCUCCAUGGCCUUUCGCCUAAAGAGCUUAUAGAGCACCAUGAGGAGGCAGAGGAAAUGGGAGGCUAUUUUAUAGUGAACGGUAUCGAGAAAGUGAUCCGCAUGCUCAUCAUGCCAAGGAGGAACUAUCCCAUUGCCUUGGCAAGGCCCAAGUUUAAAAGCAGAGGACAGGGUUACACUCAGUAUGGAAUUUCGAUGCACUGUGUGAGAGAAGAGCAUACAGCCAUUAACAUGAACCUUCACUACCUUGACAAUGGAACUGUCAUGUUAAACUUCAUUUAUAAAAAAGAGCUCUUUUUUCUUCCCCUGGGCUUUGCUCUUAAGGCCCUGGUGGACUUUUCGGACUACGAGAUCUAUCAGGAGCUGAUAAAGGGGAGAGAGGAUAACUCCUUCUACAAGAGCUGCGUGGCCGAGAUGCUGCGCCUGGUAAUGGAAGAAGGUUGCAUAAGCAAAGAGAAGGUGCUCAACUACUUGGGCGAGCGCUUCCGGGUCAAACUCAACUUGCCAGACUGGUACACACAUGAGCAGUGUGCUAAAUUCCUUCUAGAUGAAUGCCUGUGUAUUCACCUGAAGUCAGAUACAGAGAAGUUCUACAUGCUUUGCCUGAUGACGCGCAAGCUGUUUGCCUUUGCCAAGCAGGAGUGUAUGGAGGAGAAUCCAGACAGUCUAAUGUGUCAGGAGGUCCUGACGCCUGGACAGCUCUACCUCAUGUUCCUCAAGGAGAGAAUGAUGAGCUGGCUGGUGUCAGUGAAACUGGCCUUAGAUAAGCGGAGCCACAGAGUGGGAGGACUGACCGUAGACAGCCUGAACAGGAUCUUUAACAUGGGCACAGAUGUCACGAAGGCCUUCGAGUACCUGCUGGCUACAGGCAACCUCGUGUCCAAGACAGGUCUGGGCAUGCUACAGAGCAGUGGGCUAUGCGUGGUGGCCGACAAGCUGAACUUCAUCCGCUACCUGUCGCACUUCCGCUGCGUGCACCGAGGGGCUGCCUUCGCCAAGAUGAGGACCACGGCAGUGCGUAAGCUGCUGCCUGAGUCCUGGGGGUUCCUGUGCCCUGUGCACACUCCGGACGGCGAGCCGUGUGGCCUGAUGAACCACCUGACGGCCCACUGCGAGGUCGUGGCUCCGGCCUUCUCCACCAGUACCCUGCCUGCUCUCCUCUGCUCUCUUGGUGUAACUCCAGUGGAUGGUACCCCCAGUCAGCCAUACUCCUGCUGCUACCCUGUAGUCCUGGAUGGGGCUCUGAUUGGCUGGGUAGAGAAAGAACUCGUCACCUCACUGAUUGAGUCUCUCCGCAGGUUCAAGGUGCUUAGGGAGAAGAAAGUGCCCCCCUGGACUGAGAUUGUCCUGGUUCCCCACACAGGCAAGGCCAGCCUGUACCCGACCCUCCACCUGUUCACCACGCCCUGCCGCAUGGUACGGCCCGUUCUCAACCUUGCCCUCGGCAAAGAGGAGCUUGUGGGCACCUUUGAACAGCUGUACCUUAACGUGGGGAUAUUUGAGAGCGAGAUCACGCCAGGCGUGACCACUCACCAGGAGCUCUUCCCCCACAGCAUGCUCAGUGUGGUGGCCAGCUUCAUCCCCUUCUCAGACCAUAACCAGAGCCCCAGGAACAUGUACCAGUGCCAGAUGGGUAAACAGACUAUGGGUUUUCCUCUGCACUCGUACAAGGAGCGCUCUGAUAACAAACUAUACCGCCUGCAAACCCCCCAGAGUCCUUUGGUCCGACCACUGAUGUACGACUACUAUAACAUAGACAACUACCCCAUUGGUACAAACGCCAUUGUGGCUGUUAUUUCCUAUACAGGCUAUGACAUGGAGGAUGCCAUGAUUGUGAACAAGUCGUCAUGGGAACGUGGCUUUGCCCAUGGCUCUGUCUAUAAGACGGAACUGGUGGACCUGUCAGAAAAGGUCAAAGGUGAUGACGGUGUGGUAUUUGGCACUAAGCCAGGAGACUCUAAAGUGAUGGACAAGCUGGAUGCAGAUGGACUUCCCCCUAUAGGGGCAGUGCUGAAUUAUGGAGACCCUUUUUACAGCUAUAUCAACCUCAACACUGACCAGACCACUGUCGUAUUCUAUAAGAACCAGGAGAGAUGCAUGGUGGACAACAUCAAAGUGUGUAGCAACGACGCCGGCACGGGCCGCUUCAAGCGUGUCUGCAUCACCAUGCGGGUGCCACGCAACCCCACCAUAGGAGACAAGUUCGCCAGCAGGCACGGCCAGAAGGGCAUCCUGAGCCGCCUGUGGCCAGCCGAGGACAUGCCCUUCAGCGAGAGCGGCAUAACCCCAGACAUCCUGUUCAACCCACACGGCUUCCCCUCACGCAUGACCAUCGGCAUGCUCAUUGAGAGUAUGGCGGGCAAGUCAGCGGCCCUCCAUGGCCUGUGCCACGAUGCCACGCCCUUCACCUUCUCCGAGGAGAACCCCGCCAUCGAGCACUUCGGACUCAUGCUGAAGGCGGCCGGGUACAAUUACUACGGCACCGAGCGCCUCUACUCCGGCCUCAACGGAACGGAGCUGGAAGCCGACAUCUUCAUCGGCGUGGUUUACUACCAGCGGCUGCGCCACAUGGUUUCUGAUAAGUUCCAGGUGAGGACGACGGGAGCGAGGGACAAGGUGACCAAUCAGCCGCUGGGCGGGAGGAACGUGCAGGGCGGCAUCCGUUUCGGGGAGAUGGAGCGGGACGCCCUGCUGUCACACGGCUCGUCCUUCCUCCUUCACGACCGGCUCUUCAACUGCUCGGACCGCUCGGUGGCCCAGGUGUGCGUGGACUGUGGCAGCCUGCUCUCGCCCCUGCUGGAGAAACCACCACCUCACUGGUCUUCUACACGCCAUCGCAAGACCAUCUGCAUGCUGUGUAAGAAGAGCAACUCCAUUGACACGGUGGCUGUACCCUACGUGUUCCGCUACUUUGUGGCUGAACUGGCAGCGAUGAACAUCAAAGUUAAACUAGACAUAAAAUGAACUUUACAUGUGUCUGUAUUAAAACAUGUAAUACUAAAUGAUGACAUGCUUACGUAUGUAUACUGUUUUGCCCAAAAGAAACAUUGGGUCACUUUGGCCAAAAGAUAUGAAAUACAAACUGAAAUAUCAAA